ACACAAGUCUAGUAAUGAUUAGGUUCAAAAGUUUGAUAACAUCGUCUUCCUAGAUCCGGUAGCAGCCCGCGUAGUAUUUUGUUCACUAUUUUGAGGUGUUAUUUGCGGAAGAAUUUACAAACCAAUAGUUUUAUUUGGACAGUGUGGACCGUAGAGUGUUUGGCGUGACUGAGGUGUCGGUGUGCGCUCCGCUUUGGCUGCGGCGGAGCGGCGGAGGCGGCGGCGUGUGUCACUGGAGGAAGAGCGCUGCUUUUGGGCAAUCACUUGGAGAGAUCUCUGUUUUAAGUUACUAUUCUGGAGUCAUGAAAAGAAGGAAAGUUUAAUUACGCAACAGGCCCACUCAGAUACGACUGGACGAGAACCAGAUGGGCCUGAAGCAAAGAAAAACAAGGCUCUGAUUUGCACUGAUGUUUUGUACAAAGGGAGAUUCUUCUUGCUCUUCCAUCAUGAGUUUGCUGUGCUGAGCUGAGAAGAAAAAACAUGACCGUUGCCAAUGCGAAAUCUGGAACUGCCAUGCAGCAGAUAUUGGACAAUUUAAAAGACCUGCCAGUGGGAACAGGAGCCAAAGAUAUUGACUUAAUCUUUCUCCGUGGUGUCAUUGAGAGUCCCAUUGUGCGCUCUCUUGCAAAGGCCCAUGAGCGUCUAGAGGACAAGAAGUUAGAAGCUGUUCGAGACGACAACAUUCAACUAGUUACUGAUAUUCUCACCUCUCUCACUAACCUGUCUGAGAAAAAUACUGCUGCUGAAGAACUUGCUAAAAUACUCCAAGAACCACACUUUCAGUCUCUGAUAGAGGCUCAUGACAAAGUUGCUGCGAAGUGCUACGAAAUGCCUGCUGCUUCAGUCAACCAUGAUACUACUACCACUUCAUUCAUGCCAGCUGAUGCUUUCAGGAUCAUUGGCAUUCAGAAGAAAGCUGGAGAACCCUUGGGAGUGACUUUCCGAGUAGAGAAUGGAGAUUUGGUAAUUGCACGCAUUUUGCACGGCAGUUCGAUUGACCGACAGGGAAUGCUCCACACGGGUGACAUAAUCCGCGAGGUGAAUGGCCGCGAGGUCAGCUGUAACCCGCAAGAGCUGCAGGAGCUGCUGAAGCAGAGCAGCGGCAGCAUCACUCUCAAAGUUGUUCCCAGUUACAGAGAUGCCCCGGCUCCACCACAGGUCUUUCUGAAACCACACUUCAACUACAACCCAGCCACAGACAACCUGAUUCCUUGUAAAGAGGCAGGACUGGCUUUUUCUAAAGGAGAAAUUCUUCAUGUAGUCAACAGAGAGGAUGCCAACUGGUGGCAGGCCCGUAAGGUUGUCGGUGAAGGCACAGGUCUGAUUCCGAGUCAGUUCUUGGAAGAAAAGAGAAAAGCUUUUGUGAGAAGAGACUGGGACACAUCUGGCACUGGUUUGUUCUGUGGAAUUCGAAUGUCAAAGAAAAAGAAGAAAAAAAUUAUGUACCUUACUUCAAAAAAUGCAGAAUUUGAUCGAUAUGAGCUGCAGAUCUAUGAAGAGGUAACCAGAAUGCCACCUUUCCAGAGAAAAACAUUGGUUCUAAUUGGCGCUCAGGGAGUUGGCCGGCGGAGCUUGAAGAACAGGCUAAUUGUCAUGAACCCGCUGCGAUAUGGGACCACGGUGCCCUUUACGUCACGGCCCCCACGGGAGGAGGAGAGGGAUGGGCAGAACUACUGUUUUGUGACACGGGAGCAGAUGGAGCGGGACAUUAAGGACAGCCGGUACCUGGAGCACGGCGAGUAUGAUGGAAACCUUUACGGCACCAAGAUCGACUCAAUCCAUGAGGUGGUUCAAGCUGGUCGCACCUGCAUCCUGGAUGUGAAUCCUCAGGCUUUGAAAGUAUUGAAAACUGCAGAGUUCAUGCCAUUUGUAGUAUUCAUCGCAGCUCCCGAGCUGGACACUCUAAGAGAUAUGCACAAAGCUGUGGUAGAUGCUGGACUAACAACCAAGUUACUCACAGAAAAUGAUCUAAAGAAGACUGUGGAUGAAAGUGCUAGGAUUCGUCGAGCUUAUAGCCACUAUUUUGACCUAACUAUUGUCAAUGACAAUCUUGACAAAGCUUUUGACAAGCUGCAGGACACAGUGGAGCGUUUGUUUGAAGAGCCACAGUGGGUUCCUGUCAGUUGGGUCUACUAACGUGCUGCCAUUGGACAGACUAGUCCUCUGGGCCCAGAUCUGACCAGGACCUGAAAAGUUUAACACUGCAGGAGUUCAAUAGCAGCUUGGUGUGUAUUUGUCUUCUCAGCAGACUAUGCAACUCACAACCCAUGUAAGUGUACUUAUUUAUUUGUGUAGUAUUUUUAAACUGAUUGCAGUUGGCAGUCAUCUUACUGAAAACACUGAGAGGCAGUAUAUUUUAAAGAUGAUUGCCGUAUUUUGUUAUUUUGCAUCUGAAAUUGUCUAAAUAUUUAUCCGGCAAAUUAACAAGGGCUUGCUCAGUGAAAAUAUACCUCAGUGUUAUGGUUUACAGGACAUCACUACAUACUACUUCCAUUCAUCUUUAAAUUGUGCCGUUACAAAGUUAAUUUAGUGGUCCUUCGAGUUACAGUUUUUCUCAAUUGUGACAUUUUUAUGCUCAAGAAAGAUGGCAACAUAUGUGUAUAAAUGUAUAUUAUUGUCAACACACAUUUAAAACAUGUUUACCAUAUAAUUACAUAAUUAUUAUUGGUGAGAGAUGGCUUACUUCCACUAUUAGUACUUCUUCUUCCUUCGUCCAGAAUUAAAAUGUGCAUGUAUCAUAACUGGUAAAAGAGAGUUAAAUUGCGAUUAAACUCAAGUAUGUAUUUUAAGGGGAGAUUUUGUGUAUUUUCAUUUUAUAAAAAUGGCUCAGAAAUUUUAAAAUAAAGCCAUGACAAACAUAAAACAAUGGUUCAGAUUUUGGUAAAACUUUUUUUUCCUAGUUUUUAUAUCAAUAUUUUAUUUUGACUAUUCUGACUUUGCACAAAUUUGUUGUGCUAUCCUGCCUGUUAUUUGUAACCGAAACACUUUAAAGCCACUUUGGUCACAAUGCAUUGUCCUGUUCUGUUUUGAGAAUCUGCUACUAAGAUUUCUUAUAAAGUUGCAAAUACAAAUCUUACUCUAACUUUAGCAUUGUGUCUUAGUAGAUUAGACUUGUGUUGCAUAAUACAUUUGGUUAAUGUAAGCGAUUAAGAAAAACUGUAAAUGUCAUGUCAGUGUUGUAAACUUUGUUAUACAAGAUUUCAUGCAAUAUAAAUGUGUUUAAUUCAUUUUAAAUCAUUUUCUGUAUUAUUAGAUUUCUUAGGUCUGAUAAACCUCUUCAUGAUUUGAAGGUUUAUGUUGAGAUAUACUUUUUCAGAGAAUUUAGCAGGGAACAUCUCUGUGAACCAUACCCCUUUCAUGAAAUAUUACUAAAUAACAGUUUUAAAGUAAUUUGAUCUUUUACAGAUGGCAAAGAAUAUGUAUUUUUCACAUGAAUAAAUGUUUUUCUAAAUGUC